AUGGGUUCAACUAAUAAAGUCUUCAACGUUGCAGUCUUCUUCGUUGUCUUUAGAGAAUGUUUAGAAGCUGUUAUCGUCAUUUCAGUUCUAUUAUCAUUUUUGAAACAAUCAAUUGGUACAAAUGAUUUAGCCCUAUAUAAGAAACUAAGAAAACAAGUUUGGAUCGGUUCAUUCCUUGGUGUUUUCAUCUGUCUAGUUAUCGGUGGUGGGUUCAUUGGUGCUUACUAUAGUUUACAAAAUGAUAUCUUUGGUAAAUCUGAAGAUAUUUGGGAAGGUGUCUUUUGUUUAAUCGCUACAGUUAUGAUUUCAUUCAUGGGUAUUGCAAUGUUGAGAAUUAACAAGAUGCAAGCUAAAUGGAGAGUUAAAAUCGCCAAAUCAUUAGUUGAAGUUCCAGAAAGAAAAAGAGAUCGUUUCAGAAUUGGUUACUUGGCUAAAAGAUACGCCAUGUUCUUGUUACCAUUUGUUACCACUUUAAGAGAAGAAGGGUUAGAAGCUGUUGUCUUCGUUGCUGGUGCUGGUAUCACCACUAAAGGUGCUAAGGCUUCUUCAUACCCAUUACCUGUUGUUGUUGGUUUAAUUGCUGGUUGUGGUGCAGGUAUGUUGUUGUAUUAUGGUGUUUCUUAUACAUCCAUGCAAAUCUUUUUGGUUAUUUCAACAUGUAUUUUAUAUUUGAUUGCUGCAGGUUUGUUUUCAAGAGGUGUUUGGUAUUUUGAAAACUAUGUCUUUAACAAAAAAACUGGUGGUGAUGCUUCAGAAUCUGGUGAUGGUAAUGGUUCUUAUGAUAUUUCUAAAGCUGUUUAUCACGUUAACUGUUGUAAUCCAGAAUUAGAUAACGGUUGGGAUAUCUUCAAUGCUUUGUUAGGAUGGCAAAAUACUGGUUACAUUGGUUCUGUCUUAUCAUACAACAUUUACUGGUUAUGUUUAAUCAUUGUUGUUGGGUUAAUGUUAUUUGAAGAAAAAAGAGGUCAUUUACCAUUCUGCAAAAACUUGAAACUAAGACACUUGAACCCAAUGUAUUGGAUUAAAAACAAAAAGAAGAAUGAAUUAACUGAUGCUGAAAGAGAUGAAUUGUUUAGAAAAGCUCAAGAUAUCAGAUUCAAUGAAGAAGGUGGAUUGGAAGAAGGUUCUUCUCCAGUUGCUGCUAAAUAA